AAGGCGCAUACUCUUUCCCAACCUCUACUGAUUCCAGGUAGUCAGCAUAUUGUGAUGUGGUUGGAGAGUAUGUUGCCCAGCUGGUUCAAGCCGUCUGUGAACAAUAUUGAGUAUUCGGAAAUCGAGCUCGGGUCACAUCAAUGGGGGGAGUUCUCUAUGGCGGCUAUUAAAUCCGAUCUCGUCUCUUGCCACCUUGAGUCAGGGCCAAUGAGCUUGUAUCCAUUAGGCCAUUAUGGUACAUUCGUCGGAAUCUACGACGGUCAUGGUGGUCCCAAUGCUUCUGAGUUUAUAAAAAACCAUCUCUUUGAAAUUGUGAAAAGAUUUGCGUCGGAUUUAGGAGAUAUGUGUAAGGCUCUAGAUUCAUCAUUUUUGGAAUUAGAUCAACAGUAUCUUCAGUUGGUUAAGAAUGAAUCGAAAGCCAAGUCAGGCUGUUUGGUGGGCGUCAUAGUCAAAGGACGGCUAUAUGUUGCAAAUGCCGGAAAGUCUAGGGCGGUCUUGGGGCGACUGGUUAGGCCCAAACGAUACAUUCCAUUGGUCCUAGAGCAAUGGGUUAGGCACAUACGACACGUCCAAGCCAUCCCGUUACCGACUGACCAAUACAUGCCAACUCACCAGGAGGAGAUAGAAACGCUGCAUCCGCGCGAUCACAGUAUCUUCAUUCCGACUACAAGAUCAAUCGGUAAUCCUUACCUGGAUAACAAGUCGAACAUGUUGUAUGCACCGAACAUUGUCGAAUAUGAACUUGUCCCUGAGGAUGAAUUCAUUAUAUUUGCUUCUCCUUGGCUAUGGAAACACCUUAGCAAUGAAGAAGCAGUUGAUAUGGUGAAAAAUUCACCACGAAAUGGAAUCGCAACGAAACUGAUAAAAAAAGCAUUGGAGAAAGGAGCAUGGAAUGAUCACAGGUUGACAUAUAAGGAGCUGAUGAAACUCAACAUUAAAGAGAGGAGAUCUAUCUAUGAAGACAUUUCGGUUGUAGUUCUCUUCCUAGAUCACGAAUUGUUCAGAGGCGGCAUAUGCUGCCAUUGCUCCUUCAUAUCUUUUGAACAGCAGUAAACCUCAACUGAUUCUUGUUCUGUGUUUUUGGAUUGUAUGGUUUUGGGAGGAAACUCAAUUAUAGUACUCAUGUUUAUUGUUCUUGAAAUAAUAUGGUGCUCAAUAUUUUUCA